GCCGCUCCCGGGAAGGAGCCGGGGCUAGCGCGAGGCAGCUGGGAGCGCGAGGGAGGCCAGGCCAUAGAGGGCACCCGCGCCCCCCGGGGGCAGCGCUGCUUGCGUGGCCAGCUCGGGAUGGAGGAGCUGGCCCAGCAGAGGAGAUACUUGUCGGGAGCCCAGAAGAGAAAGCCGGCCAGGCCCGCCCCUGAAGCGCCCCACAAACUGCCCAGGGCCGCCUCCUCACUGCUGCCGGCCGGGCGCGAGGCCCCAGGGCCGGAGAUGGAGCUGGACGGCCCGUCCAGAAAGAAGGGCGAGGACGGCGCCCUCGGGGGAGGAGCCCUGGACCUCUCUGUCACCAGGCAGGCCCAGCAGGCCUCGCCCCCGGAGCCCCCCCGGGCCCCGGACCAGGAAGACAUCGGCCUGUUGGACCGCUGGCGCCUGACCGAGGGGCAGAAGAGGGCCAUCCUGGCCUCCCGCUGGGUGCCCCCUUCCAACUUCCAGUUCCCCAAGCGGCUGAUGGGCUCGGGCGCCAGCCAGAAGUACCGGCGCUGCAGUGCCCAGCUCCUGCAGGACUACCAGUUCGCCCGGUACUCCCGCCAUCUGGACGGCGUCUUCUGCGGCCCCUGCUUUGUGUUUAACAGCAACAAAGAGACUGUGCUGGUGUCCACCCCGCUGAAGGACUGGUCCAAUGGCAAAAAGAUCCUGGAGAGGCACAGCAGGUCCAAAGAGCACGGCAGAGCCGCGGUCAAGACCGAGGCGUUUGCAGCCUAUGAGCUCAAGAAGAAGCUGUCCGAGCGGGGCCAGCUGGCCCUGAAGCGCAUGGUCAGGCUCAUCCUGCUCUGCGGCAGGAACGACAUCUUGCUGGGCCCAGGGCCCACGGUCACCAAGGCCUUGGACACCCUCUCUCGCCACAUGGCCGAGCUGGACCCGCCGUCGCAGGAGAACCCGAGCAGCGGCCCCUGCGCCGGCCGCCAGUCCUCGGAACGGACGCAGGAGGAGCUCAUCCAGCUCAUUGGCCUUCAGAUCCAGAGUAAGGUCCUGGCCCGCGUGAGAGACGCCAAGUUCUUCGGUCUGAUCGUUGGCGGAGGCUCGGGAAGGUCCAGCUCCCUCUCGCUGUCCCUGCGCUACGUGCAUCGGCCCGGCGAAGGCCCCGUGGAGAUCUGUGAGGACCCCGUAGACUUCAUAGAGGCUCCUGGCGCGGCGGAGAGCCUGCUCGAGCUCUUCCUGCAGAGGAUGUCGGCCUGGGGGCUGCAGAAGGAGCUCCUACGGGGCUACAGCUACCGAGGGCCGGGCCCUCGGAGGGGCCGGUGGGCGCGCAUCUGCACCCUCCUUCCCGGGGCCGUCUGCUCGGCCUCCGGGCCCCAGCUGCCUGCCGCCGUCCUGCACUCCUGUGACCUGCGGCCCGUCACCAAGUUACUGGACGCGCUGAGCAAAACUUGGCUGGCGCUGAGGUCCUCGGCAGAGCUGCUCAGCCCCGGACUUCUGGCGCCGGGGGCCUUCCUAGAUGUCGGUGGCCACCCUGGGGAGGGGGGCGAUGCCCCAGAGGAAGGCGGGGGCCCAGCCGGCCCCCGGCAUCCCCACCUGGCAGAUGUGCUCCGAGCUUUCCGAGACGAGUAUCCCGCGAUCCUCGGCGCCCUGCGGAAGGCAGCCGAGCACUGCGGUGACGCCGAAAGCCUCUUUUACUCUGUCACCAAGUUUGACUUCUUGGUGACCCUGGUCUCUGUGGAGUCCAUCCUUUCGUGCAUCAAGUCCCUGCCCCUGGACCUGCAGCGGGGGGACCCUGACCUCCUCCAUCUCUCAGCUGAGGCAAAUCUCGUCCUCCAGAGGCUCAGGAAAAUGAAAGACAAGGACGACCCCGGGUUCGAGGGGCUCUACGAUGAUGUGAAGCUGUUAGCAGCUAGUGUGGGGGUGGCAGAGUCCCCGCCACUCGUGUGCGGCCGGCCGGUGUCCCCUGAUGCCUUUAACGCACAGGACCUCCGGGAGGGCUACAGGACGUCCUUGUUCAUCCCGUUUCUGGACCACGUCAUGUCUGAGCUCCAGGAGCAGCUGCUGGACGGCUCGCCUCGCUUCCUGGCCCAGUACCUCAUCCCGGCCAAGCUGCCCCUGUUGGAGAGCCAGGAGGCCGAAGCGGCCCUCCAUGAUGCGUUCCAGGGAGACCUCCCCAGCCCGGACACGUUUCACCUGGAGUUGCAGAGGUGGAGAGCGAACUGGACAGAAGUCCCCAGGGAGGAGCGGCCCAGCAGCCUCCUGAAUGCCCUGCAGCACCUGAACCCUGUCCGUUUCCCCAGCAUCAACGCGGCCCUCUCCGUCCUGGCCACCAUGCCCAUCAGCGUCGCCCCCGGGGAGCGGGCCUCCCGGGCGCUGGAGAGAGCCAGGAGGUGGCAGCGGGACCCAGGGAAGGCAAGCCAGCUCCCGGGCCUGGCCCUGAUGGCCAUCCAUCAGGAUGUCGAGGUGGACGUGGACCAGGUCUUGCGAGGGCUCCAUCUGUUCACGCACUGACUCAUGGGGGUCGGGGAGUGGAGAAGCCACCGGGCAGAUGAGGAUGGCCUAAGAGGGAGGGGUCUCUGGGGCUUUACACUUGUAUACAGUAGCACUUAGGGCUUGUCUCAGGCUCCCCCGACCUCAGCUUGCCCUUUUUUGGUUUGUUUUUGGAGACAAUCAGGGUUGAGUGACUUGCCUAGGGUCAUGCAGCUAGGCCAUAUUUGGAUUCAGGUCCUUGUAAUUUCAGGGCCAAUGGCUCUCGCCAUUGUGCUACACAGCUGCUCCCUUAAAUUGCUUUUGAUGCUGAGUUUUUCUUAAACAGUAUUAUUUAAAAGGAGGUUUCCCAAAGUAAAAGACAGUAUUUUUUCCACAUUUCCCUCUCAAGAAAUUGGGGAAGGUCAGCAUGGGUCCUGUGGACCAAAAUUUUUUGGGGUGUGAGCUAAGUCUAUAAUUGCAGGGUUUUGUGGCCAAACAAAAAGGUAAAACCUUGAAACAAUAAUUAUUGUCGUUCUCAGGUAACCUGUGGUGACUCGCUCAGUUUUGUCUAGAGAUCGGGAGAGGGUCGGGGUCUAGAGGACACCGUCCCCAAAGCGUUCUGGAGGCUGUCAUCCAUCAGCACACCUGAGUGACUCGGCUGUCACUGUACCUGCAUGGGUGUGACACUCUGUACUAGAAGCCUUGCGAGGGGUGGAUCCCACAGCCGUGGGGGCUGAGAUUCUGGCCAGCGUCUCCUACGGAUUCCGGGGAACCAUGGGUAAUGGGGGGCAGCCUCACAGAACAGGUGCAGGAAGGCUUCAGGAAAGGUGAUGGGGGCCACGUGCUCUCUGGGUAACCUGUGAAUAUUCUCCUGUUUGAGCCUACAUGAUUUCGGGAAGGAAAUGGAAGAUUUCUUCUCUAAUGGUAAUUCCGAAUUUUAGAGAGCAGUCAUACAGCUUAGUGGUGGAAGUUGAGCCUCUGACAUUUAGUGCCUGGCUGGCUCUCAGGCUUACCUCAAGGGGAACUUGGCUCACCAGGAGAUCCAGAUCUUUCUGAGCUCCCCACCCCCAAAAUAAAUAAAAACAACACAUCAUGAUGGCA